AUAUCGCUUACGUAAUAAAUUGUUUCGCGAUUUUGCGCAGCGUACGUCCAGUUUUCGAAUAUUGCACGUUCCACAGUUCCGGAAUGCAUUCGCUAUUCGGAAACGUAUCGCGUCUCUCGUUUCGAAUCGAUACUCAUAAAUACGUUCAAAUAAUUGUUAUCCGCGUUCGAAAAAUGAUACUUCUGUUAAUGAGUAAAAAUCGUGUUUGUAGAGAUGAACGUGACGAUAGUUUCGCGAGAAAUCAUCGUCUGUGGCAGAACUCCGUUCUCCGGAAGAUGAGAAGCCGUGUAGUUACCGGUGUCUGCGAUCGGAUGAACACCGAGGCGUAAACACGUUUGCACACGCGCUCCGAUUUGGUCGCUCGCAGGAUUUAUCGAUAUCGUUCGUCCGUGGGCGGAAAAGAGGGACAUAUCUAUUGCACGUACACAAGCACGAAUGUGCGGUCUCUUUGUCUCUCUAUGUGUAAUUGUCAGCGAGCGAACACGAGCGUAUAAGUAUAUGCAGACUGUGCAUGUGUGGUCCGCGUUACCGAUACAUCGAACGCGGUCUCGGAAGAUAUCGCUAAGUGGUUCCCGAUGCCGAUAUAAGGAACUGAAGAUCAGUCUAAAACUACCUGUCCACGAAGGUGGAGGCUCUCUCGCCUAAUCUCCGUCCGCGGUUAAAUAAUUGUAAACUGAGUCGAGAAGAUCGGUUUUAAAUAAUGGAGAGACUGAAGAGGAAGCGGAAGAGGUCCACCGGGCAGAAGAAAGUAUUACUCUCCAUCGUCGAUCCCUGGGACGUCAGAGUGGCCAGUGUCGACCCAGUCGGACUGGCAGAACGACGAGGUGUCUCUUUGUCGAUUCUACCGUCCGCGUCUCGACAAAACGGGAACAGUGGCCAGGAGUCCGUGUCUCCCGGUAGAUUAGUAAGGAUCCCCUCGCCUUGGUACAAACCCGCUCACAGCGUCGUUCUAGAUCCUCACUCGAACGUAGAAACGAGCACCGCUGGUUGGGUGGAUCCUUGGCAAUCUUCCAGGUCGUUGAGCGCACGUUCCUCCUCGCCGAGGACGUCGGAGGAACCGAAGAGGGUAGAGAACGACGAGAGGAGGAGAAACGGGGACGAGCGAACAAUUCCAGCCGGCAAUGGAUUAAUCAACGCGACAGUGCCGGAAAUCACGUGCGACGAUUUCGAUCACGGGCAGAGCGCUGGAACGGCUGCAAGAGUGCGUUUCGUGAACGAGGAACGUCCUAGGAGCUCUACUUGGGAGUCAGAAGUAAAUCAUCGUCGACCAUAUUUGCCCAGCGUGAAUUAUUUGCGGAAUUCUGACUCGACGCAAGACGAACGUACGGAGCAAGGGAACUCCGUGGUGGACGACGUGGGGAACGUUCAGGAGAAGCGUUGCAAAUUGGGGGAAACUCUCGGCCACGGGUUCUUCGAGGACGAACAACUGGUGAACGUCGUGCAGAAUUUAGUCACCUCAAGGUACAGUCCUGUUUUGACGAGUGGCACGCACAGGAGAAGGACGCCAUGCCGACUACGCGAAUUUCAGAGGGAAGCGAACACAGUAGACGCCUCGAAAGAGCCGAGAGGUAACGCACCUGUUGCACGUGCAAUUACGGAUUCCACGGAAAUUGCGAACGACGGGAAAACGGAACAACAAGCGAGGCGCCCCGAGGAGACCGCGAAAUUCUCCGCGGCGCGAAUACGCAAAACGAGCAUCUCGAUGCCCGGUAAUCUGGACGAGAUGGAGAAUCUACGUAUCGACAGGCAGAAGGGAACCGCCUCGAAAUUCACGAGAUCGGAGAGCGAGGAGAGCAGCAGCGUGACGUUCAGCAACAGCGGUUCCACGCCCAAUGGAAGUCCGCUCGGUUCGGAAACCGAGGAAGAAGCGAACGACGAAGAGCUGGCCAAAGUACCGUUGCAAGCACCUCCGCGAAGGAAGAGCAGAGUCGUGUCCCCGAUGGUAAACCAGAAGCUGGGGAACGACCCGAUGGAGCUCUCGGGGGGUCAGAGCGUGAACUCGACGAUAACGAGCGUCAACAGCAUCAGCAGUCUGCUCAAGGAGAAGCUACAGCUGUCCAUACCGCACGCACUGCGCAGCAGUAAAAAGAGGCAAAAUGCCGAUUACCGACUUCGGGCUUUCGUCGGGAUGCUGUUCCUCUGCGUGGUCUUCCUCGUGGGGUUCGCCCACAUUUAUUACACGCAACACGUUCUUCAGCGUGCUUAUUUCGAUAAGUUCAGGUUCAACAAGAACGAGAGGGUGAUGCACGUGUACAGCAGCACCGGGGCCGAGGUGAUCGCGGCGCGACUCGGAGAAGGGAUAGCCGCGGACACGGGCGUCUUCCCGUGCCUGCCUCACCAUCAGAAACAGGACUCCGUCUGCCUCGAAUGGCUUCAACAGGCUCGCUUGUACCUCGGCCACACUCAACAUCCAGACAUGCACUGCUAUCACGUCACUUGGCAGAGUCUCAGCCCUUAUUACAACCCGCAAGAUUGCUUCGACUGGUCCCCGAAGAGGGGCCAUUGGUACGGCGGAGGUCAGGUUCAGAACAUGCCGUAUCCUCUCGAGCGCGGACGUCUCGAGUCGAGUCCGUUCAUCACCGGUGACAUCACCAAACAUCCUUUCGGCAACGUUCUCAAGAGAUACUUCUUGAAUUCGAAGGGCGCCACGAUACUGAUCGACCCGGAAACGCCCCUAUACGUGUCGAUCAACGUGAACAGGAGCAACAACUUCUGUCUGCAAGCGAAGCACGACUCCUUCGCGUACAUCAAUCACAGGACGCCGUUGCCGCAGCUGAAUUACACGAUCUGCGCGACGGACAACAUGAAGCAUUUGCACUCCUCCAUGGCCGAGAAGUCCUUGUGGGACGGUCUGAAGCCGAACGAGCUUCAAGCGGUUCAUUCGUUGCUCUCGGAGCCGGUCUGGCAGAUCUCUCCGACCAGCGAAGCCGCGGUCUACAAUUAUACCGAAGACGUGAUAGCUCUGGGCUUCUUACGGCAAGGCCACGUUCUGUUGAGCGAGGAGUGGCAACCCAGCCCGGGCGAUUUCAUCCUGGACGAAGAACGGUUCCCGCGAAUGGAGGAGACGAUCAACAUCAUCCACCGUCGAGGGUUCAGGAUCGUGUUCUCCAUCCAGCCGUUCAUAUCCACGGAAUCCGUGAACUUCCGAGACGCUGUCACGAACCGAUUGCUAAUAUCCGAGAGAGGAAGCGAUCCGAGGAUACCGGCUCUGACGAGGUAUAAACAGAGUAACAGCGUCGGCGUGCUGGAUAUUACCAAUAACAAAACUUUGCCUUGGCUCCAGUCCAAACUCGAGAGCUUGAUCAUGAAAUACCACGUGGACUCGUUCUAUCUUGAUUUAGGCACGGCGCAAGACGUGCCGCACUAUUACAAGUGCGAGCAGCCGCUGACCAAUCCUGACCAUUACAAGACGAUAUUCACGAAAUCGAUCCUGGGAUCCGUGCCAGUGAUCGGCGUCUCGGGCGCGAUUUCCAGACCCAGACCACCGGUCUUCGUCUCCCUUCCGGCCUUCCCUUCCUCUUGGAAAGCCAUCAAGACGGUGAUCCCGACGGUCUUGACUUACGGCAUGAUCGGCUACCCGUUCAUCAUGCCGGGCGCCGUCGGCGGCGACGUGGCACUCCCCAUGUCCGACAAUAAUCCCGAUAACGACUUCGAGGUGAGCCUACCGGACAAAGAGUUGUACAUCCGAUGGCUGCAACUCUCGACGUUUCUGCCGGUGAUACGGUUCACUCAUCUACCCAGCAAAUACUCGGACGAGUCCGUGUUGGACAUAGCCAAGAGGCUGACCACGUUGCGUCAGAAAACAGUGACGCCGUUGCUGAAGAAAUACGCGAAGGAGACGCUCGACACCGGCCUGCCGAUAAUACGUCCGUUGUGGAUGCUGGACCCGGCGGACCCAGCAUGCCACGUGGUCGUCGACGAGUUUUCCGUGGGAGAGGAACUCAUAGUAGCACCGGUUCUCUAUUCCGGAAGCAGGCAGAGAGAGAUUUAUCUGCCCGCGGGAGUAUGGAGAGACGGGAUCGACGGGAGUCUCAGGAAAGGGUCCAGGUGGAUUCACAAUUAUCGGGUGGCCGAAGACAAGGUCGCGUACUUCGUCAAGAUGCCGGACAACACGAGAUUUUGAUCUCGCGUAGAUCUGUAUAUAUUUCGGAGAUUCGAAGCGUUUGGAAGAAAUUAGGAUCGGGAAGUCCGAUCGAUUUUAUGGACGAUCGUUUCAACGUCAGCAAGUAUUUUAGUAUGUUUAUAGAGAGAAAAUAUAUUUAUUUUAUCUUAUAUCGUGCGUGCAUACUUGUGUGUGGUGUCGAACGAGAUUGGAUAGUAAUUAACUAUGAGACGUACGAGGAAUUUACUUUCCGACGUACAUGUAUGUACAUACAUAUAUGCGUGUAUACAGCCUCGAAUCGUUUAUUCGACGAUGUUCAACUGUACAAUCACGAUAAAUUGCCACGAUUUGUUGGAAA